AUGAAUUUUAGUUGGAAACUACCUAGCCACAAUCAGCCGACGCCACAUGCCUACACCAUCCCCACUCACGACACACCACCACCACCACCAACUAACAUAGAGCUAAACGACCCUAUACUAUAUAAUCGUGUAUAUCGUGUUCAUAUCUGCACCACUCACCAUUACGCCCUACGAAAUCUCGCGCGACAUCUACUGAAUAAGCAUACCCUCUCGCUAAGGCAACGAAGGGAGAUUAUUGCCACGUAUGCUGAUGAUGAUUGUGUGUCGCCCGAGCAAAUCGAGUCGCCCAUUGAGCUGGUUGACCCUAUUAAGGGGUUGGCGGCGCCAGUCACUGUCUAUCAAUGUCAAGCCAGUACAUGUCGAGUCAUUCAGAGUAAUCAUGAUAAUAUUCGAAAGCACGCCAAUCAAGAACAUGGCUGGCGGAAGUCUCAGGAUCAACCAACAUAUUGGAACAUUGUUCAAGCCCAGACCUUCUUUACCAGUCGCAAUCUCAUCAAGUACUUUGUGGUUUGA